AUGCUGAAGCAUGGUCGUGCAGGUGUCCCCAUGGAAGUAAUGGGUUUAAUGCUGGGAGAAUUUGUUGAUGAUUAUACAGUUACCGUCGUGGAUGUGUUUGCUAUGCCACAGUCGGGGACUGGUGUGAGUGUAGAAGCUGUCGAUCCGGUUUUUCAAGCGAAGAUGAUUGAUAUGUUGAAGCAGACUGGAAGGCAUGAUCACUUUAUUUUACCUGAAAUGGUUGUUGGUUGGUACCACUCCCAUCCUGGAUUUGGUUGCUGGCUUUCUGGUGUUGAUAUGAAUACCCAGCAGAGCUUUGAGGCACUUUCUGAACGGGCAGUUGCUGUCGUGGUUGAUCCGAUCCAGAGCGUUAAGGGAAAAGUAGUUAUUACUCUACGGGUUGUUAUCGAUGCUUUCCGCUUAAUUAAUCCCAAUAUGGUUAUUGCUAACCAAGAACCAAGACAGACUACGUCAAAUCUUGGUCACCUUAAUAAACCAUCUAUCCAAGCUCUAAUUCAUGGACUUAACCGUCAUUAUUAUUCUCUUCCAAUAAAUUACCGGAAAAACAAAAGGGAACAAACGAUGCUGAUGAAUUUAGAUAAGCGCACUUGGCAGGAAGGUUUAACGUUGGCGGAUUACACAGCGCAUUGUAACGCCAACCAUAAAACUCUUCUUCACGUUCUCGAUCUUGUUAAGACAUAUAACAAGUCACUGGAAGAAGAGGAGAAGAUGACACCUGAGCAACUUGCCAUUAAGAAUGUCGGCAAAAUGGACCCAAAACGUCAUCUUGAGGAAAAUGUGGAUGAACUUGUGGCAAGAAAUAUCACUCAAAGCCUAGGCGCGAUGCUUCAUUCUCUUGUAUACAAUUAG